AUGCACGCUCUCUCGUCCCUCUUCGUCCUGGGCUCCUGCGCUGUCCAGGCGGCCCUGUGUCACCCGGGAGCCGCCCGUGACAAGCGGGACACGGCCAUCUGCAAGCGGUCCGUCGACUCGUUCAUCGAGAAGGAGACGCCAAUUGCGUGGGCGAGAUUACUCUGCAACAUUGGGCCCAACGGGUGUGCUGCUUCGGGCGCUGCCUCGGGCGUGGUGGUUGCAAGCCCGUCCAAAGCGAACCCGGACUACUGGUACACAUGGACCAGAGACGCGUCCCUGGUCCUCACAGGCAUCGCCGACGCGUUUGCACACAACUACUCGUCAUCGCUCCAGGGGACCAUCCACAAUUUUGUUGCCUCUCAGGCCAAGCUCCAGGGCGUCUCGAACCCCUCAGGCAGCUUCUCUAAUGGCGCCGGUCUCGGCGAGCCCAAGUUCAUGGUCGAUCUGACCCAGUUCACCGGCGAAUGGGGCCGCCCGCAGAGGGACGGCCCUCCUCUCCGGGCCAUUGCUCUGAUUCAAUACGCCAAAUGGUUGGUCAAUAAUGGAUACAAGGCCACCGCCAAGGACAUCGUCUGGCCCGUGAUCAAGAACGACCUAGCCUACACCGCCCAGUACUGGAACGAGACCGGCUUCGAUCUGUGGGAGGAAGUGCCCGGCAGUUCAUUCUUCACCAUUGCCAGUUCUCAUCGCGCCCUGGUCGAAGGAGCGGAUCUCGCUGCCCAGCUGGGCACUGAAUGCCGCGCCUGCAUCACGGUUGCCCCCCACGUCCUCUGCUUCCAGCAGAGUUUUUGGAAGGCUUCUGGGGGCUACGUCGUGUCCAACAUCAACGGCGGCGAGUACAGGUCCGGCAAAGAUGCCAACUCGCUUCUGGCCUCGAUCCACACCUUCGACCCGGCCGUCGGUUGCGACGCCAUUACUUUCCAACCGUGCAGCGACAGGGCCCUGUCCAACCACAAAGCCUACGUCGACUCGUUCCGCUCCGUCUACGCCAUCAACUCGGGUAUCCCCCAGGGCAAGGCCGUCGCCGUGGGCCGCUAUUCGGAGGACGUCUACUACAACGGAAACCCGUGGUACCUGGCCAACUUCGCGGCCGCCGAGCAGCUCUACGACGCCAUCUACGUCUGGAAGAAGCAAGGCUCCGUCACCAUUACCCAACUGUCCCUGCCCUUCUUCAAGGACCUCCUCCCCUCCAUCACCCCCGGCACCUACUCCUCCUCCUCCCCCUCCUCGCCCACCUUCCAAACAAUCCUCGACGCGGUCCUCGCCUACGCCGACGGCUUCAUCGACAUCGCAGCAAAGUACACGCCGCAAGACGGCUACCUGGCCGAGCAAUACGACCGCAGCACGGGCGCCCCCCUCUCCGCCGCCCACCUCACCUGGUCCUACUCGGCCUUCUUGACUGCCGCCGAGCGCCGCGCGGGCAUCGUGCCGUCCGGCUGGUCCGCCACCAACGGCAGGACCCUGCCCUCGACAUGCUCGCGGGUCCAGGUCGCGGGGACCUACGCCCUCGCGACAGCGACGACUUCCUUCCCGGCCAACCUGACCCCCAACCCGGGCGCGGGCGGCGCGCCGGCGCCGUUUCCGACGGGGUGUAUCGACGCCGGCGAGGUGUAUGUCACGUUCAACGCGCGGGUGGCGACGCAGUGGGGUCAGACGGUCAAAGUGGUGGGUAGUAGCGCCGAGGUCGGGGGGUGGAAUGUCGGGAAGGCGGUGAGCUUGUCGGCCUCAGGUUACACGGCGGGGAAUCCGCUGUGGAGUAUCACGGUGCCGAUGCGGGCGGGGGCGGCGGUGCAAUACAAGUAUGUGAAAGUCAACUCGGACGGGUCGGUGCAGUGGGAGUCGGAUCCGAAUCGGAGCUUGACGGUGGCUGCUGCGGCUACCGGUGGGGCUUGUGCGGCGCAGACGGUGAAUGAUACCUGGCGGUAG